AGUCUCGGAGCACGGGAGCAGCGGUCCACUGUCCAUCAGGCUCCCACAGCCGGACCACACCACCGAGCCCGCGACGCGCUUUUCCGCAGGAUUCUCUCCACGAAAGGAAAACAACGAACUGGACUCCAACUGCGCGGAAACGUCAGCUUAUGACGCGUUCGAGUAAAGUGUGCGAGGCGAUAAGAAAACCCCGGGUUAAUGACUGACGAACCCUGUGCUGGUUGGAAGGAAGCGCCCCGGGACUUACGCGCGUGUGAACCGCACUGGUGAGAGCUGCGAUGGAGGACGCAAGCGCACUGCUGAGGACUGGAUGUCGGUAGCUUGACACACGCCUGCACUUGCGCCAGUUUGAGACGAGUAUCUGGCCGGAGAGCGAGAACAUUGCGAGGGUGUGUGGCACUGGACGCGGACCAUGGCGCGCUCCUCGCGGGACAGCUGCUUCUGGUUGCUGUGGAAACGGGCCGUGCUCGCGCUCUGCCUGUGCGCACUCGGAGCCUUCGGGUCGGGGGAUGACGUCACGUUCAACGCAGAGUCAUGGCUGAGGAUGUACGGCUAUCUGCCUCAGGCCAGCAGGCAGAUGUCCACCAUGAGAUCGGCUCAGAUCCUGUCCAACGCCGUCAGCGACAUGCAGAGGUUCUACGGCCUGGAGGUGACGGGACAAAUGGAUCCUCAAACCAUCAGUGCGAUGAGAAGACCUCGCUGCGGUGUGCCGGACAAGUUUGGCGGUCAGAUCAAGACCAACGUGCGGCGGAAACGCUACGCCCUCACUGGACAUAAAUGGAAUAAGAGCCACUUAACCUACAGUAUCCAGAACUACACCCCGAAGAUCGGGGAGUAUAACUCAUAUGAAGCCAUUAGACGGGCCUUCAAAGUCUGGCAGAGCGUCACCCCGCUGACCUUUGACGAAAUCCCCUACCAAGAGAUCAAGUACGGACGCCGCAAGGAGCCCGACAUUAUGAUCUUCUUCGCCUCGGGUUUUCAUGGAGACAGCUCUCCUUUCGACGGAGAGGGGGGCUUUCUUGCUCAUGCCUACUUCCCCGGGCCAGGCAUGGGUGGAGACACACAUUUUGACUCGGACGAGCCUUGGACCAUCGGAAACCAGAAUGUUCAAGGCAACGACCUCUUCCUCGUGGCAAUCCACGAGCUGGGCCACGCCCUGGGCUUGGAGCACUCCAACAACCCCCUGGCCAUCAUGGCUCCCUUCUACCAGUGGAUGGAGACCGACAACUUCCAGCUGCCCGAAGAUGAUAGGAGGGGCAUUCAGCAGAUCUAUGGUCAGCCAGAUAGCAGCCCCACACAAGCUUUGCCCACUGUGACACCUCGUCGGCCGGAGCCCAGACCACCACAUCCGCCCCCGCGGCAACCGGACCGCCCCAGAACCACAGACCGACCCGAUCAUUACGGCCCCAAUAUCUGCGAAGGCAACUUUGAUACAGUUGCAAUGCUGCGGGGGGAGAUGUUUGUUUUCAAGGGCCGCUGGUUCUGGAGGGUUCGUAGGAACAGGGUUCUGGACAAUUACCCCAUGCCGAUCAGCCACUUCUGGAGAGGUCUUCCUGGAGACAUCGACGCUGCCUACGAGAGACACGACGGCCGCUUUGUCUUUUUUAAAGGAAGCAGAUUCUGGGUUUUCCGUGAGGCGAACCUGGAACAGGGCUACCCACUGGAGCUCGUCGACUACGGCCAGGAUAUUCCCUACGAUCGCAUUGACACCGCAAUCUGGUGGGAGCCCUCCGGCUACACCUAUUUCUUCCAGGGAGACUGGUACUGGCGCUUUAAUGAGCAGUCACGCUCAGCUGAUAGAGGGUACCCGAAGCCCAUCAGUGUGUGGGGGUCGUCGGUGCCAUCCUCUCCAAAGGGGGCCUUUCUCAGCGACGAUGGAGCGUACACGUUCUUCUACAAAGGCUCUAAGUACUGGAAGUUUGACAACCACCGCAUGAAGAGCGAGCCGGGCUACCCCAAAUCCAUCCUGAGGGACUACAUGGGCUGCAGUGUGGACCUGGACCCCGACAGAGACAGGGACACGGACUCGGGCCGCAAACAGCCCGACGUCAACCGUCCGCCGUUCAAUCCCGACGCCGGACGUGAGCCGGACAAGGGCAAAGACAAGGAUGUACCUGACAGGACUGAAACCGACCCAGGCAAAGGCUCGGACGCCGACAAGGACGAAGAUUACCGGGAGGGCCGGGAGGAAGACACCAACGAGGUGGAUGUGGUGCUGAAGGUGGACGACAGCGAGGAACGGACCAUGAAUAUCCUGAUGGUGACGAUCCCACUGGUCCUGGUGCUGUGCAUCUUGGGUCUCAUCUACGCCAUCAUCAACACGCUGCAGAGCAAGGGGGCUCCGCGGUUGCUGGUUCACUGCAAGCGCUCUUUGCAGGACUGGGUUUGAACCGGACUCAUGGCGGGGAAAAGCGCUGUUAGAUCCACUAGAGCCAAGGCUCCUGCAGCUCUUAGUGCGAGUAGAUACAUUCGAUACUGUAGGGAUACACUAACUCGAAACCUAAAUUAUGUCUUACACACUCUCAGUCAGUCAGACUCACACCCACCCCCUCCUCCUCCUCUCCCCUAUGGUGCUCCACAAUGCAGUGACUGUAGUCUAUUUAUGUGAGAGAAGUUUGCACAUAGUUUUUUUCUUGUUUUUUUGUGAUUGUUCUAAACCAGGAAGGCUGUUUUCCGCGCCUGUCCACCUCCCUCUAAUCUCCGCAGGGGCUUUUCCCCUCACUGUUAGCUUGACAUCUGCUGGUGCGAUCAGCUGACCGCACAGUAUCAGUGUCAGAGAGGUGGCAGCCCACAUUUAGAUGACUGAGCAAAGCUUGAGAACUCAUGACUAUCAUAACUGCUGAAUCACUUCUCUCUGACUUGAUCUUGCAUUUGUUGAUCCAGACUUGAUUUUAAAGGUGGGAGACAUCUGAGGAACAAUGGCCACCGCAACUGAUACUGCACUUGUUUUUUUUUUUGUUUUUUGUUUUUUUUUU